GUGUGUAGUCACGUGGAGAAAGUAGAGUCUAACCUCGGCUCUGUCCAAACAGAACGUGAGCGUUUAGCAGUCUGUCUGUCUGAGCGCCGCUCGGUGCUAAACUGAUUCAUGUUGUUUUUUUAGCCACCCGUCCCUUUAAACUAGACUAUUUUAUCGAAGAAUGAGUGAUAACGAUGAUAUCGAAGUCGAUAGUGAUGAAGACUCACCGAGAUAUCACUGUGUGGCAGACAAACGUGCACACCACAAUGCGCUGGAGCGCAAACGUAGGGACCACAUCAAAGACAGCUUUCACAGCCUCCGGGACUCUGUACCCGCCCUGCAGGGAGAAAAGGUUGGUAAAGCUCAGCCUGCAAGUCCUCCAGGCACACGAUGUUCAGGCUCCCAUGCGUCCCGUGCUCAAAUCCUAGACAAAGCGACAGAGUACAUCCAGUACAUGAGGCGAAAAAAUCACACGCACCAGCAGGACAUCGACGACCUGAAGAGGCAGAACGCACUGCUGGAGCAGCAAGUGCGUGCUCUGGAGAAGGUGAAGGGCUCCGCACAGCUCCAGGCCAGCUACUCGUCGUCUGACAGCAGCCUGUACACCAACCCCAAAGGCAGCGCCGUGUCGGCGUUCGACGGAGGCUCUGACUCCAGCUCCGAGUCGGAGGCCGAGGAGCCGCCCAACAGGAAGAAGCUGCGCGUGGAGGCCAGCUAGAGAGCGGAGCGGCUCAAACCUGGCCGCGGUGGAGGUGGCGGGGCACCAGAGGAGGGCAAGAGGAAAUGCAGCCUUCAAAGCUCUUGAGGCUCGUUGACCCCUCCCCCCCCCCCCCCUUCUUGCCAACAAGAAGCCCCCCCUCACCGUCCUUCUCGUUUUCUCUCCUCCUGUGGGUGGGCUCGCACUGGAGACUCGUGACCCCGCUAACCUUCUCUCGCCGCCGCCGCAAUUAUCUCGCUUUCCACCCAAUCUCUAAGAACAGGAGUGAGGAAGUCAGCAGGGUGGAAGAUGACCGCUUCAAUCCAUGUAGAGAGCAUCAGGUUUUUUCCCCUCCCCUCCCCAUCCCUCUGUUUUCUUUGGUUCUCCCUCAUUGCUAUUUCCCCCCCCCCCCAGCAACAUCUACAAUCCAAAACCCAAAAAGAGGCAGCUUGGCUACUUAAGGACAUGAUGCUUUUUUGUACCCUUAAUAAAGCUCCUCUCCUCCCCGGGUUGUUUUUUUGGGGGUGGUUGAAGGGCGCACCUGGCGUACUCCAAGCACUGCUAUAUUAUAUUUUUUCGUUUUUAUUUUGUUCUUGAUUUAAAAAAAUAAAUAAAAAUAAAAGUACAAAAAAAAAACCUGCGUAGAGUUGACAAACACACACCUAGAUAAAUCGUCCCGGAGAAGUUUCCCUUUUUAAAAAGACAAAAAACAAAACAUUUGUAGCUUAUUUUGUUUUCCACUAAAGAAUGUGACGACGCUUUGAAUCGAACGUAAAAGUGAUACCCACCUCAGGCCCACUGGAUCGCAGAUGUUUUCUGCCCGACACGUAAAAACACAAGAUUAAAAAACAAAAAAGAAAGAAAAAUCAUGACUCCUUUGUUAAAAUCGAUGUUUUGAAGGAGUAUAUUCCUAAACUUGUAUCGUAUUUUGUCCUUUAGCUUGAAGUAGUGAAUGACUUUAGGUGGCUGAAUACGUUAGGCAUCUCGUUUUAUAUAUUAUAAAAAGCAUUGACUGGAUGUUUUCAAGUUCUAAAGUAUGUUAUGCAUUUUGUAGUAAUCUCACGAGUCAUGGGGGAAAAUGCCAAUUUGUCACAUGUAGUUUUCCUUAAGGGUAUGAAAUAGGUAUUGAAUGUCAAAAGGUAGCUCCCGUCUUUUGCAGUACAAGGAAGCGAAAACAUUUCCCUGUCGAUGUGUUCGAUGUGAUGCUUUACACAGUAAAAAUCAAUGUUGCUGAAUUCCCCCCCCCCAAGGAAAAAAAGAAAGCAUUUUGCGUGUCUAGGAAACGUGUGUGUGUAUAUGGUUUCCAUUUUAUUUCCAUUUAGGAGGAUAUAAUUAGUGUAAUAGGUCUUUGUUUGUCCGAUUCCAUUCCAUGGAAAUUACAAGUAUGUUGUACAUACUGCCAACAAUUGUCUUGCAAGUUGAGGCCUACCUUUACUAUGAGACUAUAAAAUAAACUAUUUUAUCCUUUA